AUGGAGAAGGAGUUGCCAGGGAAUGAAUUUCAGGCUGAUAAACAUGUAACUCUCGAACUGUCGAAUGAUAAUGAUGUAGUUUUUCAGGAUGAUCAAGCAGAUAAUGCAGAAAUUAACGAACCAGUGCGGGAAAGACGUGCACCUUAUCGUUUUGGUGAAUGGGUAACUAUCGCAAACGUUCCAAGCGUUUAAGAUUUUUGGCAGAGAUAUGGGGUGGAUUACCGUGAAAUAUUCUCCCCAGUGGUGCGUUUUUAAUCGAUACGGACUGUUUAAAGAGGACUAAAGUUGCAUAAGAUGGAUGUAACCGCUGGUUUUGUAAAUGGAGGACUAGAAGGUGAAGUGUAUAUGAAACAACCUGAAGGUUUUAAAGUUAAAGGGAAGGAACAUCUGGUUUGUAAGCUAAACAAGAGCAUGUUUGGCUUAUAGCAAUCUUCUAGAUGUUGGAAUUCUGUAUUGGAUGAGCAUUUGAAAUCGAUUGGUUUUACUCAAACGGAAAGUGAUCCCUGUAUUUAUGUGAAAGAAAAGGACGGUAAUAUUUUUAUUGUUGUUAUUCACGUUGAUAACAUCAUUCUUGCUGGUAAAACUAACGAAAAAAUUGCCAAACUCAAAGAAAGCAUUGCAGAAAGAUUUCAAGUGGCAGGUAUGGGUGAGCUCAAGUAUAUUCUUGGUCUACAAGUACGUGAUUCAAUAGGAUGGUAAGGUGCAUGUGCAUUGGUCAACCUACCUACACGGCGGGCAUCAUGAAGAAGUACGGUUUGGAAAAUUGUAAGCCCGUUGAAACUCCUGUUGUUUUGAGUUCAAAGUUUGUUAAUGCUAUGGAAGACAGUGAACUGUUUAACAAAGAAGAGUAUCACACAGUCAGCAGUUGGGAGUUUGUUGUAUUUACCAUCGGCAACACGAUCUGACAUAACAUUUGCAGUUAACAAUGUUGCUAACUCUUCAGCAAAUCCUACAAAUGAACAUUGGACUGCUGUAAAACGAAUUUUUCUAUGCCUGAAAGGAACUGUGGACUACUUUACUCAAAGAAUGCUAGUCCAGAUUGUGUUGGAUUUUCAGAUGCGGACUGGGCAGGUGGUUUAAAUGGACGGAAAUCAAAUUCUGGUUAUACAUGUCAAAUACAUGAUGAUGCUGGUAGCUGGCGACGCAAAAAGCAAACUUGUGUAGCAUUAUCAACAGCUGAAGCUGAAUACGUCGCUUUAUCUGCAGCUGUACAAGAGGCAUUGUGGAUGCGACAAUUGUUAAUAGAUCUUAGUGUAAACGACAUUGAUGAACAAGUACCAUUUACGAGGAUAAUGAGUCAGCUAUUGCUAUGUCUAAGUACCCAAUAUUUCAUGGAAGAUCUAAACACGCAGACAUAA